AUGGCGGACUGCAAAACAAAUUUCAAGUUUGAUAGUAGGCUUGCAGCUGCUCAGAUAAGGCAUCAAGCAGGCCAAGGUCAUUAUGAUGUGGACGUAGAUGCCAGUGAAGAAGACUUUCGUACUUGGGAAAGUUCAGAGAACGAAGAAAGACUUCGCAAAUCAGUUUAUGCUGAAAUAGACACUUCCCAUCCAAUCGUAUUUGGUGAUAGCAAUGUUUGUACUCUAAUUACACAGGGCAAAGUAAUCCUUGAAUUGACUGAGACUAAGAUGAUAGUUCAUCAUUUUGGACCACCACCUGAUGGUUAUACUCCUGGUCAACACUGGGUCACACAAGUCAUGAAACAGGUACCAAAACGGAAUCGAUGCCAGUCCACUAAAAAAGAUACAUUUAGCGACUGUCAAGCUUUGCUGGAUGCUGGGUUCAAAGAAGAUGGUAUCUACACUAUCCAUCCCUACCAGAAUGAUGAAGGAGUUAAAGUGUUUUGUGAUAUGACGAAGCAUACCGGCUGGAUUGUUGUCCAGCGGCGCUAUAAUGGACCAGUCAAUUUCAACCGCAGUUGGGCAGAAUACAAACAAGGCUUUGGGUCAACGGAUGGUGAGUUCUGGCUUGGCAAUGAGAUUCUACACAACCUGACUGAUGCUGAAGGGAACUGGACAAUCCGCCUGGACCUAACCAACGAAGAUAACGUCACGGGUCAUUUGCUGAAGACAAAGUUUCACGUCGGACCUGUCGAUUACACCAUGUUUCUGGAGCACUCCGAGGUACAACCAACUGUUGGCAGAUACUGUGGGCUAGGAAUGGAAGACGGGAGUAUUCCUGAUGAUAGGAUCACAGCAUCUAGUCAGUGGGGUUCAGAUAAUCAGCCAAGUAAUGCACGACUGAACCUGAACCGUUAUUGGGUACCUUAUGUAGGACGAUUCGUUGGUUCAUGGCUUCAAAUAUUUAUGGGUUCAGAGUCAGUGUAUAUUGAGGGUGUCAUCACACAGGGCGAUCCACACAGUUACGAUCCAGAGGGUAUAUAUGAUAGCUGGGUGACACACUACCAGGUACAUUACAGCAUUGAUGGCACUGCAUGGCUGUAUGUUAAUGGGGACUCUACUCCACAGACAUUCAUUGGCAACACUGAUAGAAACACCCCAGUUACCAAUAUAUUCCAGCAGCCUAUUCAAGCACGGUACAUCCGCAUCAGACCUACAGCCUGGUAUGGCGGCCCAGCCCUACGUAUUGAACUCCUUGGAUGCAGAGAUGAUAUUCUUGAGACUACCAACAAUCAAGCCUUCAUCAUUCACCAUCACACAGAUAAUAACCAAGACGAAACAAACUGCCCAAGUCUGAACAGUGAAGGAGGAUGGUGGUUUAAUAGAUGCUCUGGUAUACCUGGUGUAGAUAAUAACCUUAAUGCUGAAUAUAUCCAACCUAGUGAUACUAAGGGUCCAUACAAACGAGUUAUUAGAGCUACUGAAUGGAACGGUUCUCGUAUUGUAAAGACUGAAAUCAAAAUACGCCGUCAAUCUCCACCUCGUGGCUAA